GCUGCAUUUACGUCCUGACGGAGCGCUGUUGUUGCUGUCCAGCAGCCCUUUUCUUAGCCAGCUCACAAACAUACAUGCAGCAUCAGUGGUGUCAUGUUCAUAUGUGUAAACUUAAGUAGGAUAGAAAAAGUCCUGCACAAUUAAGGAACCAGAGAUGCUUUAGAGAAAGGACGGUUCCAUCAGAAAUGGCAACCGAACUCCAUGAAGCUAUUUUCAUGGCCAAACAGGAGCGCCACAAAAACUUGUUCCUGAACUACAGAAACCUGAAUCAUUUCCCCGUAGAGCUGCUGAAGGAUGAAGGCCUGCAGUUUCUGGAGCGACUGUACAUGAAGAGGAACUCGCUCAGGACGCUGCCUGACAAUCUUGCUCAGAAGCUCCCAAAUCUAAUUGAACUGUAUUUGCACUCAAACAACAUAAUGAUCAUUCCUGAAGCUAUUGGAAACCUGGCCAGACUGCAGUCAUUGGACCUGAGCAAUAACGCCCUCCAGUUCCUCUGUCCAGAGAUUGGCCGCCUGAGGUCUCUACGGCACCUCAGACUGUCCAGUAAUCAUCUAAAAUGCCUUCCUCCAGAGAUCGGUGAUCUGCAGGACCUGGAGACCGUGGACGUGUCGAUGAACCAGCUGAUAGGCCUCCCAGAGCGACUGCACCGCUGCACUUCGCUGCAGAAUCUGACAGCCGACCACAACCUGCUGGCCCAUGUUCCCCGGCAGCUCUGCUGGCUGCACCGCCUCAACCAGCUCUCCAUGGCCGCCAACCGGCUGACCUUUCUACCGCUUGAUCUGGGCCGAUCGCGAGAGCUGCAGUUUGUGUUUGUGGACAACAACGUGCACCUCAGAGGCCUCCCCUCCUACUUGUACAACAAGGUCAUCGGCUGCAGCGGGUGCAGCGUGUCAGCCCCCGGGUCGGACAGCGACGGUGGCGUGGCGCCGGGCGAUGCGCUGAGCGAGGCUCUGGUCGGGCUGCCAGCCGAAGUGAAGGUGGUGGGCUCGGAGGCGGAUGGCGUGGUCCCCCUGGAGGAGAUCGCCAUGAGAGCCCUGCACCGCCUCUACCACCACCGGCCGAAAGACCUAAAUUUACUGCCUCCCAUCGCCCUCCCCAAGAGCCUGCUGGACCUGCUGCAGUUCCCCCUGGGACACUGCCACCGCUGCAGUCAAACCAUGUUCACCAUCAUCUACCCCAAACUCUUCCCCCUCCGUGACACAGCACUGGCAGGCGUGCACCGCAGGACAACGGUGAGUUUUGUGGCCUACUGCUGCUCCAGUCGCUGCCUCCGGACCUUUGACCUCCAGGGAUGACGCGGUUUCCUUUCCUCAGCCCACUUUUGCCGGGGGGCUGCAUGAGCGGUUUCCAGAAAGCAGCUGGUGAGUGGCGGCUUGUGAUCGGGACGGGGAGCGCCGCACUUCGCCCGCGGCACGAGGAAGCAGCUCGGAGAAGACGUGCGGUCGGAGACUGACGGUCAGGGACCUGUUCAAGUUGGAGACUUUAACCUACGUGACGUUCCUUAAUCCUGUCGUGUGUGUGUGUGUGUGUGUGUGUGUGUGUGUGUGUUUGUGUGUCAGUAAACUCACUGCUAACUACACGUCUCUUUGUAAGAACAAUGUGGUUCCAUUUUGACAAAUGCCGUCUUUUAUCAAACAAAGGUCUGUUGCAGCAGAUGUUGACAAUGAUUGUGAAGUCAUAUUUGAUGUAUUUUAAUGGAGAAAGUGCAUCUACUUCACUUGUGCCAUUUCCAGCAGCAGGGGACUUAGGAAAUGAUUAUUCAUUUGUUCACAGUAAAAGGAGCCAUGGUUCCGUCUCAUUGGAAAGGCGUCCAUUGUUAACGUGACUGCCUUUGGAACAAGAAUUGCUUCAUUAUUACCAAGCUAAACAUGUAUUUAAAUGAGUUGUUUUUUCUCUUUUACAUAAACCUAAACGUGUCAAAAAGAACACACACCCAAAGCAGUACAACGAGUUUAACAUCUGCAGGUCCGUUGAGCUCGAGGUGCUUCUCACGUUGAACUGAUCCUUGUGUUCUACAACUCUAAUUUAUCCUUUGUUUCUGGUUGUGUUCCGUUUGGCAGUAAACGUUGACGGAUUUCAACAACCUUCUGUGAAUAUUCAUCCUUUACCUGUGUGACAUGUUGACAUUUGCAUGUCUUUAACUGCUGUGCACGUCUUUGGAAAAUUCACAAUCACAAUUCACAUUUCUGUCUCUUUUGUCCUCGGCGAUGGACGAAGCGUGCGAUGGUACGUGGGUUUGGCGCGUCGACACCCCUGUAAGUGACUCCCUGGGACUCGUGGUGGUUGCUGUGCGUUGGUGGGGGCGAGCGAGCCCUUUGGCGCUGCGAUACAGCCAGAAAAACCCGCCCUGACGACAGGAAGCCUGUCCCGCUUUGCUUCUGUGUUCUUCUACAUCACGCGCUCUACCAGGCGGCCCAGCGCCAGCGUUACCGGGAUCGAUGGGCGUGUUUAGAUGCUCUGGCUCUCUGCCCCCCCCCCCCCUGCGAAUCACUACAUUGGGCCAAAAAAGCUUAGCCUAUUAAACUAAAUAAUCAAAAACUGUUCUCCACUGACACCAAAGCAGCUAACGGGGUGUAGCUCUGGACCCUGUAUUUUUUUUUGGGGGGGGGGGGUGGUGGACCUGGGAAACGUCACAGACACAGAAUGGUCUUCACUGUCUUCAUUAGUUACCAUGGCAGCAGGCAUCACCCCUCCCGGAGAAAAAAGACAAUAUUAAAUGUCAACACGUGUUUUUACCUUAAUUGUUAUCCAUUAAAUUCGUCAGGGAUGUUUGUGGAAAUCGCUCCGCCUAAAACACCUUCCACCAGCCACCUCUGUUAGCAGCAUCCUUCGGUGGCCUGUUGUCCGCAGAAGACAAACAAGCUUGGGAUUGUGCUCCGUGUUCACGUCUCUGGGUGAGCACCAUCAAGGGCUUACAAAGGAAAACCCUUCCAGGGCUCUCAAAUGAACGUGGCCCUCACCGGAUGGACUGUGCUGUGAAUACAUUCGCACUCGAGAGUAAUUUUGAAAGCACAACAACAGAGGGGAGAAUCAGCCGCGCUUCAAUCAAUCGAUGGCGAUACAGUGAGUGAGCGAGUGUCAUUGAACUAUUGGAUCAUUAAUGUGGGAGGCAGCUCUGUAAUGGCUUCUUUGACGGCUGGUAAUGAUCUGUGGAGCCCGCGGUCGAUCCAUCUCCAGCUCCUCUGUUGAUUUGAUGUUUCUUACACGACCCGAUGCUCAUGCUGUUAAAAAGAGAAGUCGGUGGGAUGCUGAUUUUUUAAGGGGGGGUCAUGGUGAGCAUUUGGCGGUCAAAGGUCAGCGUACAUCUGUCCCAGCUUUCCACGUCUCUGACACUACCUCUCUGACAUCAUCCUCUCAGAGUCUCAGUAUUAAUGAAGGCCAUGGCCAAGAAUCCUAUUUCUACUCACUCUGCAGGAUUAAAGGUCAUGCAGGACACAUGGUUAACCAUCUGGCUAAAAUAUCACCAAUAACAACCAAAAUAAAAGCUAGCUGGCUGAGAAAACCUAUUUAAGACGUAACUGCAGCGUUUCAGGCCCAGAAGGCUGUUUUGCAAUCCUUUCCCCCAGUGGUUUAAAUCUAUAAUUCAUCCCAUUCGGCUCACUCACGAGAGCACUUCAUCCUUCUUUAGUUUGGCUCCUGACGUGUCAUUAGACCAAGGUGUGUUUCAUUAUGUAAAGUCAAGGACUUUAGAGGCAAACCGUGAGGAUUAUCUACAUAACUGUGCACACUUGUCACUACCGGGAUGACUAUUACAGCUAAUAUUAUCAUGCUUUAUAUUGCCAUGCCAUGUUUAUGCUGCAGGCUGAGUGUUACGUGGGAUCAGGUGGUGCUUUUAAGGUCACAGGUCUGAAAUCAUCACUGCUGAAUCCGUGGUUACCCAACGUUAAAUUAAGCGGUUUUAGAAAUGACUUGAAUUGAAAGAGAAGACAUAGUAGUAUUUUAAUACCAGUCAUCGGUGGGCGGUGCCUCCGUGCUGGAAAUGACACCUACAAAGUGAGGGUGUGUGUGUGUGUGUUAGUACGUGCAGGUGCAGACAUGAGGUGGUGCAGGUGGUACCUGCAGAACUCGUGCCAUUGAAGAGUCCCAGCGGGUUAGUUUCUUCAGAAAUGGAAAGAAGGUCCGAUGUGAAGAAGAUGGACUGGAGAAAAGAAAUCCUGCUUUACAUUUUUAUUUGUCUAUUAAUCAUUCUCCCCGACUGUCUGUCUGUUAUUGAGGUCGUUUAUAUUUUUUCAUCAGGGUUUGUGACAGUCUCAGAUGUAGUGGACAAACAAAUGGUUUUACAGAUGCGUGUAACAUCUUGUAUCUUCUAUCCGCUGCGUGUGACAUCAGAGGGCGCGGCCAUUUUGUGAGCAGCAUCCAAGUUAACGCAAUGAGGCCGGAAGUUGGGUGAUUUAACCACCAAAGUAAAAGCCGCCUACCUGUCCAACAGACAAACGUGAAUGAAUAACUGUUUCCAAGCUGAUUCAAAUACUUUGAUUGAAUUGUAGUCAUUCAUUUGAUUUAAUUCAAUCAUCAGUAAUACGAAUGAUAAAGAUAACAAUAACAUUAUAUAAUACAUUUAUUUGCAUAUACAUUAUAUAUAUAUAAUUUAUAUUAAUUAUGUUUUUUAUUUGUUAUUUCGUUUGAUAUUGUUUGAAUAUAAUGCCUUUUCUAAUCAGUUGAAUUAAAUUGAUUUGAUAAGCAGCACGGCACUGUUUUCGUUUU